UGUGGAGGGAGUUGAUCAUCCGUUCCACGUGGAAGAGAGAAAGAGAACAAAUCACUUCCCCCAAAACAUUCUCCCCCAAUUUGUCAAACGUGCCCCCAAACAGGGAGAAAAGAUCCAAUGGCUCAGCACACACACGCAGACCCUCAUCGGCCUCACCGACCUUUCUCGAAAGCUCAAGUAAUAAUACACCAUACCGUAAUAGCAAGCCAGCUAGCUAGAGGCAGAUAAACAGUUGUAAAUCAUGGCAGACUGGCAAGAAGAAGAGGAAGGCGAAGGCGUUGCGCAGCAAGUUCAGCAACAGCAGCAAGAAGGAGAAGACGAAGAGGAAGAAGAUUCGUUGUUUGGAGAGGAAGACGAUGAUGCGGGUCAGCAACAGGAUGUCCUAUUGAUGCGGUUCUGUCCACACGAUUCAUCCAUGCUGUAUCCACAGGAGAACAAACGAGAACGGCAACUACAAUAUGCGUGUCGCUUGUGUCGGUACACGGAAGGAGCUCCCGAUCAGCCACUCAUUUAUCGCAAUGAAAUGAAAAAGGAAGUCGGAAAUAUCUUGCACACGGUGCCAUCGGCCGUCUCGGAUGACCCCACAUUGGCCCGCAGUCAAAAUACCGUUUGUGGAAAUUGCCAACACAAUGAAGCCGUCUUUUUUCAAUCCGAAGUUGCUCAGAGUGAUUCCUUGGCGUUGAUCUUUGUCUGCUGCAAUUGCGAUCACAAGUGGGUCAAUUAGAAGAAGGAGGAAGUUAGGAUUGUUACGGUAGUGGGUCAGUUAGAAGAAGGAGGAAAUCGUGAUUGUUGGAGUGUAUUAUCUGUUAAAAAGAAAAACAACAAUUAACUACGGAAAAAUGGGAGGAAGAGAAAAAAUGGUCUUGGUAGGCAUGAGUACAGUUCAAUUGAAUGUGGGGGGAUACAUCUUUGUGAUGGAAGAUGCGGUGACAAGGCAAGCAACCAUCAUCAUUAUCAGGCAACUUAGCUAGCAAGUAGGUACUUCAAUAGGUUAUUCAGUUGAGGUAUU